UGAUUUCCGGGCGGCGGAAGGAAACGCGGACGCGUGAGGACGAGGCGAUUUGAAAACACGCUCCGGGAGCUAGAGGCUGAGGCCGGCGGCGCACGCUGUCGCCCCGUGGGCUUCUGCUCGCUCGCUUCUCUCCUCUGCCUCCGGCCCCCGGCCCCGGCCGGACCCACAGUACUCAAGAAUGACCAAAAAAAGAAAACGCCAAGAUGAUUUUCAAAAGGUAAAACUAAAAGUUGGUAAAAAGAAGCCUAAGUUAGAAAAUGCUACUACUACAAACUUUAAAACGAAGACUAUACAUCUGCCUGAGCAACUCAAAGAGGAUGGAACACUUCCAACAAACAAUAGAAAACUUAACAUAAAGGAUUUGCUGUCACAGAUGCAUCACUACAAUGCUGGGGUUAAACAAAGUGCUCUUCUUGGACUUAAAGACCUUUUGUCUCAAUACCCAUUUAUAAUUGAUGCACACCUUUCAAACAUAUUAAGUGAAGUGACUGCUGUGUUUACAGAUAAAGAUGCUAAUGUACGAUUAGCAGCAGUUCAACUUCUUCAAUUCCUGGCCCCCAAAAUACGAGCUGAACAAAUUUCUCCAUUUUUUCCUUUGGUAAGUGCCCAUCUCUCUAGUGCCAUGACUCACAUUACUGAAGGAAUUCAGGAGGACUCUUUAAAAGUUUUGGACAUCCUGCUGGAACAGUACCCAGCUCUAAUUACUGGCCGUAGCAGUAUAUUGCUUAAGAAUUUUGUAGAACUUAUUUCUCAUCAGCAGCUGUCCAAAGGACUGGUAAAUAGAGACAGAUCCCAGUCCUGGAUACUUUCUGUAAAUCCUAAUCGGAGACUCACUUCUCAGCAAUGGAGGCUGAAAGUCUUAGUGAGACUCAGUAAAUUCCUUCAGGCCUUGGCAGAUGGAUCCAGUAGGUUGAGAGAAAGUGAAGGACUUCAGGAACAAAAAGAAAAUCCCCAUGCCACUAGCAACUCCAUUUUUAUCAACUGGAAGGAACAUGCCAGCGACCAGCAACACAUCCAGGUUUAUGAAAAUGGGGGUUCACAGCCAAAUGUCAGUUCACAGUUCAGGCUACGGUACCUGGUUGGAGGACUAAACAGUGUGGAUGAAGGUCUGUCAUCUACUGAAAACCUGAAAGGAUUUAUCGAGAUAAUAAUUCCAUUGCUGAUUGAGUGCUGGAUUGAAGCUGUGCCUCCGCAACUAACUGUUUCUGUCAGAAAUGGUAUAGAACGAGAACCUCUACAGGUUAUGCAACAAGUUCUUAACAUUAUUUCCCUUCUCUGGAAACUCUCUAAACAACACGAUGAAACCCAUAAAUUGGAGUCAUGGCUUCGAAAGAAUUACCUUAUUGAUUUCAAACACCAUUUUAUGAGUCAUUUUCCAUAUGCCUUAAAAGAAAUAACCAAGCAUAGAAGGAAAGAGACAAAUAAAAGCAUCAAGCAUUGCACGAUUCUCUCCAAUAACAUAGAUCACCUCUUACUGAAUUUAACCCUGUCUGAUAUCAUGGUCUCCCUGGCAAAUGCCUCAACUUUGCAGAAGGAUUGCAGUUGGAUAGAAAUGAUAAGGAAGUUUGUGACGGAGACCCUUCAAGAUGGCUCUAGGCUAAAUAGUAAGCAGCUGAACAGAUUACUUGGAGUAUCGUGGAGGUUAAUGCAGAUACAGCCAAACAGAGAAGCUACAGAGACUCUCAUUAAGGCAGUUUAUACAUUAUAUCAGCAGAGGGGCCUUCUCCUUCCAGUACGGACUUUGUUACUGAAGUUUUUCAGUAAAAUCUAUCAGAAAGAAGAACUGAGAUCUUACAGACUCAGAUAUCGUAGUAAAGUGUUAUCACGUUGGCUGGCUGGUUUACCAUUGCAACUUGCUCAUCUUGGCUCCCGAAACCCUGAGCUCUCUACACAGCUUAUUGAUAUCAUUCAUACUGCUGCAGCACGAGCAAAUAAAGAAUUACUAAAAAGUUUACAAGCUACUGCUCUCCGAAUUUAUGAUCCACAAGAAGGCACCGUGGUGGUUCUCCCUGCAGACUCUCAGCAACGUUUGGUUCAGCUCGUAUAUUUUCUACCCAGUCUCCCUGCUGAUUUGCUUUCUCGGUUAAGUCGUUGCUGUAUUAUGGGAAGACUCAGUUCAAGUUUGGUUGCCAUGCUUAUCGGGAUACUGCACAUGAGGUCAUCAUUUUCUGGAUGGAAGUAUUCAGUUAAAGAGUGGUUGAUGAGUGAUGUGGACUAUUUGAGCUUCUUAUUUUCUACACUUACAGGGUUUUCAAAAGAGGAGUUGACUUGGCUUCAGAGCCUUCGAGGAGUUCCUCAUGUCAUCCAGACGCAGCUUUCCCCUGUGCUUCUCUACCUUACUGACUUGGAGCAAUUUUUACACCACUGGGAUGUAACAGAGGCAGUUUUUCACAGUUUAUUGGUUAUCCCUGCCCGAAAUCAGAGUUUUGACAUCCUGCAAAGUGCCAUCAGUAAGCAUUUGGACAUUUCAGUUUGGGGGAAUGUGGAAAGGUGGAUUUUUCCUCUAUGUGUUGGCUCACUGACUCAUUUCUGUCUCCAUUAUUACAGGGAUAAGCUCUGGGGGGUCUGUGUCUCCAUCCUGACCCUCCUGCCUCGAGUCCUCAGGUUGAUGCUGCAGAGCCUGCGGGUGAACAGAGUUGGGCCUGAGGAGCUUCCUGUGGUGGGCCAGCUGCUCCGCCUGCUACUCCAGCACGCACCCCUCAGGACUCACAUGCUGACCAAUGCGAUCUUGGUGCAGCAGAUCAUUAAGAAUAUCACGACGUUGAGGAGUGGAGGUGUUCAGGAGCAGUGGCUCACAGACCUACAUUACUGCUUCAACAUGCACAUCACUGGGCAUCCCCAGGGGCCCAGUGCACUGAGCACAGUGUAUUGAAGAGGCCAUGGUACCUCCUGGUUGAAAUUGUUUAUUCACUUCUAUCUUAUUUUGAAGAAAGAUUGAUGUAAUAAAUGUUUGUCAUUAAAGCUGAACUUUUAAAGAA